CCCCCUGCCGAGAAUCCAGAGGACAGGAGACAGACGUGGUGGAGGGAGAGUCACGUUCCGGAGAGGGAAGUGAAAUAAAGAGGGCGGCACCCGGGGGGACCUGUGCGUCAUUGAGGGACCAAGGAGAGGCGCGGGCGCACGGGGUGGAAAAGGAGAAGUGGGAGCGAGAAGCCGGAGGGGGCGGCCGCGGAGCGCGGGUUGGGGUGCCGCGCAGCGCAGCGCCGGAGCCUCCUGCCUUCUCCGGCCGCGCCCCGGCCGCCCGCUGCCUCCCGGCGCUCGCCCGACUCGCGCUCCGGAUCCGGCCGGCGGGACGCGCCCGCCGCGCGCAGAAUGUGGCAGCGGACACGGUCCCGGCCCCACGCGCCCUGGCGCUGGGCGCUGGCGCUGCUGGCCCUGGGCGGCGCGGGGCUGUGCCACGCCAGCCCGCAGCCCAGGCACCCCGCGCGGCCCAGCGCCAGGAACAAGAACUGGUGCGCCUACAUCGUGAACAAGAACGUGAGCUGCUCGGUGCUGGAGGGAAGUGAGAGUUUUAUUCAAGCUCAGUACAACUGUGCCUGGAACCAGAUGCCCUGUCCGUCCGCGCUCACGUAUCGUGUGAACGUCAGACCCAGAUAUGUCACCAGGUACAAGACGGUGACACAGUUGGAGUGGAGGUGCUGCCCUGGCUUCAGAGGCGGAGACUGCCAAGAAGGUCCCAGAGACCCCAUGAAGAUUCCCCGCCCCACGCCCGCUCGGCCGCGAAACAGCGUGAAGAAAGCCACCGACAAUGAACCAAGCCGAGUCUCAGAGCCUAAGAAGACUUUGUCACCAACUCCUGCAGCAGAACCAAGUCAGACCGUAGAUCCAAAACAGGGACCCCAAGAACUUCAGGAAAAGAAAAUCCAGGUGCUCGAGGAGAAGGUUCUCCGACUCACAAGGACAGUUCUUGAUCUCCAGUCUUCUAUUUCCGGAGUGAACAAAAACCUCAAGCACGCCAUUCAGGACGAUGCCAGCAAAAUGCGGGCAUCAUGGCUCAAUAACCUGCACCCCCAGCCGGUGCCUGAUAGUGCCCUUGGUGGAGAACCAGAAAUGGUCCAGCUUCCUGGCCUCAGCAAUAAGGAAUCCGGCAUGAAGGACAUCAAGUCUGAAUUGGCUGAAGUCAAGGAUGCUCUGAAGACCAAGAGUGACAAGCUGGAGGAGCUGGAUGGGAAAGUGAAGGGCUAUGAAGGGCGGCUCAGAGAGCUCCAGGAGGCGGCCCAGGGCCCUACGGUCACCAUGACGACCAGUGAACUCUACCAAGCCUAUGUCGAUAGUAAGAUUGAUGCCCUGAGAGAGGAGCUCAUGGAGGGGAUGGACAGGAAGCUAGCUGAUCUGAAGAACUCGUGUGAGUACAAGCUGAUCGGUCUCCAACAGCACUGUGAUGACUAUGGUAGCAGCUACCUGGGAGUGAUCGAGCUUAUAGGAGAGAAGGAAACCAACCUGAGAAAAGAAAUCAAUGACCUCCGAGCCCGGGUCCAAGACCCUUUAGCCCGGGCAAAUUGCUGUGACAGUGCAAAGAAUGGUGACUUUGGGCAACAGAUCAAGAUGUUAGACCAGAAAAUCGAAAGAGUUGCUGAAGCGACCAGAAUGCUGAACGGACGACUGGACAAUGAGUUUGACCGCCUCGCAGUUCCAGAGCCAGAUGUGGACUUUGAUGCCAGAUGGAAUGAACUGGAUGCAAGAAUCAACGUGACAGAGAAGAACGCGGAGGAGCACUGCUUUUACAUUGAAGAAACCCUCCGGGGGACCAUCAGUGGGGAAGUAGAUGACUUGAAGCAGCUUCUUGACCAGAAAAUACAGUCCCUGGAGGAGCGGCUGGGGAGCGCCCUCCUGGGCACAGCCAACGGCUCGGAUGUAGAGCUUGCUCCUCCAGCGUCAGCCCCCACUGGUGGGUCAGGGUCUGGGAACGAACGGGUCAUGAGGGAGUUAAGCCACCUGAAGGACAAAGUGCAAGUGGUGGAAGACAUGUGUCUGCACCACUUCCAGGGAGAGCCUCAUGGGACAGAAGAUACUUUGCGAAAUGGAGACGACCUCUCAGCAGGUGACACUUUGAGCCUUUUGAAAUCUCUAAAUGACACGAUGCACAGGAAGUUUCAAGAAACUGAACGUAGCAUCCAGAGACUUCAACAGGAUUUUAGCUUUCUUUCUUCUCAGCUAAACCACACAGAAGACCACAUGAGUCAUCUUCAGAAUGAGCUGAGCGGUGGUAGAGAAGGUAGAAAGGCUGGAGGGGGUGGGUCUUCUAAGGGGGGUGAGCCCCUCCCAUCUCCCCAGGCCCCCCCAGCACGUUGCUGUGACCAGCUGGAGGGGAGGUGGCAGCAGCUGCAGGGCCAGGUCCUCUCCGAGCUGGACACUUGCAAGGAGAAGACACAUGGGGUCCAGAGAGAGGUCUCCGUGGUGGAGGACAGGGUGUCUCAUAUGGAGAAAACCUGCAGCAAGCUGGACUCCGUCUCAGGAAGUCUGCAGAAAAUCAAGGAAGGGCUCGACAAGCAUGUCAGCAGCCUCUGGAGUUGUGUCAGGCAGAUGAACGGGACGCUCCGGGCACAUUCCAGAGACAUCUCUGGCCUGAAGAAUUCAGUCCAGCAGUUCUAUAGCCAUGUUUUCCAGAUUUCUACUGACUUGCAAGAUCUGGUCAGAUUUCAACCAUCAGCAACGGAGGAGCCCUCAGAAGCACCACAGCCUCCGCCCCAAGGGAAGGUGCCAGGAAAGCCCUCACACCCGGUAGAGGCCCCCACCGAGCCAUCUGCUCCAGCGCUGACUCCUCCGUCACUGCCCAGCGCGUCCCCACCACCCGAGGACCCUGGACAGAAGCCUGUCCUGCCCAAGAGACGCCCCCGGCCACUGGCCCCGCCACUGCUGCCCGGCUGGACAGGGCUGCCUUUCCUGCCAGGCUCCACCGGCGUCAUUAUGGAGACUGGAGAGGCCGGGCCUCCGGGCAGGAUGGGCGUGGCAGGGCGGGGCCUGCCGCGGGGCGUGGACGGCCAGAUGGGUCAGGGGCCCAUCCCCAGCUCCGAAGGCUACGCGGGAGCACCAGGGUACCCCAAGUCACCGCCUCUGGCCUCCCCAGGGGUCCCGGCGCCAUCGCUGGUGUCCUUCUCCGCGGGGCUCACCCGGAAGCCCUUCCCCAGUGAUGCCGGCAUCGUGCUCUUUAACAAAGUGCUGGUGAACGAUGGGGACGUGUAUGACCCCAGCACCGGGGUCUUCACGGCUCCGUACGACGGGCGCUACCUGAUCACAGCCACCCUCACUCCCGAGAGGGAUGCAUAUGUGGAAGCCGUCCUGUCAGUGGCCAAUGCCAGCGUGGCCCAGCUGCACACGGCCGGCUACAAGAGAGAAUUCUUGGAAUACCACCGGCCCCAGGGGGCUCUGCACACCUGCGGGGGCCCAGGGGCCUUCCACCUCAUCGUGCAUUUGAAGGCAGGGGACGGUGUCAACAUCGUGGUGACUGGGGGCAGGUUGGCUCACACAGACUUUGAUGAAAUGUACUCCACGUUUAGUGGGGUUUUGUUAUAUCCUUUCCUUUCCCACCUCUGAAGUGGCCAGGGAAGGGUGAGGGCAAAGAGGUGUGAACUCAGAAGCUUUAAUAUAUUCAGUUUGUGUGUGUAACUGGAGCACUGGUCUAGUUUUCUGCAGACACCCCAUCACCUCCCCCAGAGAAAGGCCACGCCUGACUGCCGAGGCAGCGAAGGGUAAACCACGGGUUAACGUGGCCGUGGCUCCCGUCACUCUGACUGCACAACCAAAGAACCCCUGCCUGCACGCUGGGCGCCCCCGGGUCUCCCAGCUCUGCCCUCUGGCUCUGCGUCUCUGUGUCGUGUGAGCUCUGCUCCGAGGGGCCUGUGCUGGGCCUGGAGUGCUGACUGCGGAGGCUCCAGCUGCUGCCCCGUAGGACCACGUCCUGCUGAUGGAGAAAGAGGAGCCACUGAGAGGAGGCAGGACUGGUACCAGGGGCCAGUCUGUCCUGGAGCAGAGCUGUCACCAGCUGCCUUCAUUUACCCUGCACGUAGGAGAAGCGUUUAAACACUGAAGUGACAUGUGUCACCACAGACCCAGGGUGGACAGUGGGCUGUCCCAGGUUUGGCUGGCUAACCCCCCCCCCCACCAACCCUGUGUUUUCCUGGCUGAGAGGGACGCAGAAGAGACUGUCGUGUGGGUUGUUGGGCUCCUUGAAUGACAUGUACGACCUAAGUGCAAAGACAGGGAGUGUCAAUAAAGAUGUAAAACACUUCCAGUUA